CCGACAUGUCAACAGAAUUGUUAUCAAAACAAAAGUAAUAUAGCUUGUAACUGGAAAGAAACAAAAACGGAAAAUACAAGAAGAUACAUACUCCAUAAAGGCAGUACUUUUUUUUUAAUUUUGUCUGGGUUCCGAUCUUUCUGGUUUUUAAUUUUGUCUGGUUUCCUAAAAAACAUAACUUUGAGCAUUCUCAUGUGUAAAAUUUGCUGAUCAAUGUUAUAUUAAAUAUAUAAACAAAAAUGGAAGCAUUUCGCAAACCCCGUGUUUGUAAAGUUUGUAAAAAACGUUUUGUAUUUAAAGAGAACUUUAAAAUGCACAUGAAAACGCAUCCUAAAAACCCUUAUGUUUGUGAAGUGUGUGAAAAACGAUUUACAAAAAUAAGUGAAUUAAAAAAACACAAUGUAAUUCAUACUGCAGAGAAACCUUAUGUUUGUGAAGUCUGUAAUAAAUAUUUUAAACGAAAAUGUACUUUAGGAAUGCACAUGAGAUUACAUACUGGGGAAAAACCAUACAUUUGUGAAGUGUGUCAGAGGUGCUUUGCACAAAGUUGUUCUUUACAAAGGCACAAGAGAACACAUUCUGGAGAGAAACCUUAUGUUUGUGAAGUCUGUGAAAAAUCUUUUCGAUAUUGUAGUGGCUUACAAAUUCAUUUGAAAAUUCACACUAGAGAUAGAUCUUAUGUUUGUGAUGUGUGUGGAAAAGGCUUUGCCCUAAAGGGUGAUUUAAAAAAACAUAUUUUGGCAACACAUUCCAGAGUUAAACCUUAUGUUUGUGAUAUGUGUGGAAAGGGCUUUUCCCAAAAGGGUGAUUUAAAAGCACAUAUAAGAACACAUACUGGAGAGAAACCUUAUGUUUGUGAUGUGUGUGAAAAAAGCUUUUCACAAACUAGUAAUUUAAAAAGUCAUAUGGCAACACAUUCUGCAGAGAAACCUUAUGUUUGUGAUAUGUGUAAUAAGUCUUUUGCACAUAUUAGGUAUUUAAAAAAACAUAUACAUUUACACAAUGCUUAAAAACCUUGUUUGUGAUGUGUGUGAAAAAGCUUUUCAUGAAUAGUAGGUACUAUAAAAACACACAUGGCAACACAUACAACAGAAAAACCUUAAGCUUAUGAAAUGUGUGUAAAGCACAUUUCACACAUUGUUUACUUGUGGUAGGACCUCUGGUGAGUCUGCACGGGUAGGUACCACCACCCUGCCUAUUUCUGUCGUGAAGCAGUAAUGCGUUUCAGUUUGAAGGGUGGGGCAGCUGUUCUAACUAUACUGAGACCUUGGGACUGAUAUCUCAAGAUGAGUGGUGGUAUGUAUGUUGUAGAUGUCUAAGGGCUUUGGUAACAACUUAGCAUCAGAUAGGUUGUGAACUCGUCCACCCAUCUAAGCAAUGAACAAAAAAAAUAAAAACAAAAAUAAAGAUCACACAUUAGAAUACAUACAGGAGAUAAACAUUCUGUUUGUGAAGUAUAUAUAAAAGGUUUUAGUUUUAGUUUAUGUUGGUUAUUUAAAAACACAUAUAAAGCUUCAUGUAUAUACUAGAGAAAAGUCUUAUUAUUGUAAACUGAAAAAUGGUUUUCAAGUAUUGGUAAUUUUGAAUGGCAUACGAAAAUACAUAUUUGAGAAAAACUGUAUGCUUGUGUAAAGUGUAAUAAAGCAUUUUCGCAAAUUGAUAUUUUAAUAAUGUAUCUGAGAAUACAUUAAAUAAUAUGUACUGCAAAAAGCCUAUGUUUGUAAAGUAUGUAAAAAAUAAUUUUCAAAAAAUUGUCUGUUAUAAGUCCCCCUUAGAAUAUACACUGGAGAAGAAAAAACCUUGUUGAUGUAGUUAAUAAUAAAUGUUUUGCACGUAUAG